AUGACGUCGGGCGGAGCCCAUGUAUAUCCGCUGCGUAUCUUGAACCCAACCGCCUCCAUCCUUUCGCCAAUGGCCUCGCCAGCUCUUCCAGGAUUGUUUUGCUGUUUUGCUGCUUUUGUCCUUCUUGUGUUUGCCUGCGUUUCUGGCAAUGCUUGGAGUGCAAUUUCGUUUUUGGACGCCAAUGUCAACGGAAGAGUCGUCCAUUUCGGUGUAUUUGGCUAUACUGGCAUCAAAGCGACGGUUGGCUAUGAUAUCCAAGACGCCGUUGGAUCGUUCCCGGAUAACACACUUGGAACAAACGCUCUCAAGGCCUUGACCUAUGUGAUGAUUUUGCACCCGAUUGCCGCAGCCUUUGCGCUCAUCGCAUGUAUCUUUGGUCUUUGCGGUGCAGGGUUUAGUCGCAUUGGAACGAUUCUGAUGUCGCUAUCCGCCGCCUUGGCCACGCUCAUCACGCUCGUCGUUUGGGUCAUCGACAUGUCGCUCUGGGGAAUCGUACGAAACCGAAUUCGCAACCACGGUCCUCCCGGGAGUACCGCCAAUUACGGAAAUGCCAAUUGGCUCGUACUCGGCGCUCUCGUCGCACUCAUCCUCGGAUUCUGCACGGCUGCGUUUGGCUCUUGUAUGCCAUCCCGUCGUCGUGCGAAUGUGAACCGAGUCUAA